UUGUAAUCCAAUAUUUUCUAUGGAUUUGAUGUGGUUUCGUGCUGGAGUUUGGUUACACUUGUUUUGUAUGGAGAACUUAGUAUUGUGGUUUGUUUGCGUCUGACUUGCUGUACUUUACAUGUGGAAAAAGGAGAGGAAUGGGAUCAUGAUGAAGGAUGCAUGGAUUUGGACUUCCUGAGUACUUUGAAAAUAUUAUGUUAGCUCCAGAAUGCUAUCCCGGUGGAUACAGGACCUUGAGGAACCCAUAUCGUAGCGUUGACUUCGACUCUACUGAACUUCAGAACACAGCGAUACAGGAUCUGGUCUGUGACCAUUCGCUGCCGCCCGGAUGGUACCGGUUUUCCAUAAACAACAAACCUGCGGAGAUGCCGACCCGCUGUGUUGAGAUGAACCGUUGUGGUACGCAGGCUCCGGUGUGGUUGUCUCUGAAGGACAGCUAUCUUCCAAGGCCCGGAGAGGUCAAGCAGCUCUCGGCCUGUGCCACGUGGCAGUUCUUUCAGGGAAGCACUAAAGACUGCUGCCUUUUCCGCAUCCCAAUCUCGGUCCGGAACUGUGGCGAGUUCCUGCUGUACUUCCUUCAGCCGACACAAGGUUGCAUGGGAUACUGUGCAGAAGUUGCUUCACAAUACACGCCUAAAUCCUGUCCACCUGGUGAAACCGUAGUUAACGGUCUAUGUAAGGCAAACGUCCCCUCACUACCUUCAAAACCCCUGGUGGCCCCAGAGCUGGUCGGCAGCAGCGUCCACCUCCGAUGCUCCUUCGCUGGGGUGACGUCCAUGUGGCCGGUGGGGUAUCAGGUGGUGUGGGCCAGAUACUCCUCCAACACCAUGAAGGUGGAGAUCAGACGAGACACAACGACUCGACUCUACUCGCUGGUUGAGAUGGACGGAGUUCACUUUAGGCUGGGAGAAACGUUCUCCUGCAGUGUGUCCACCUUCCUGUUAAACUCCUCCAUCUCGCAGUCGGCGUCUAAAGAAAGCGCUGGGUUUUUCGCGGGAAUUAAGUUUGUUCCAGAUGUCCUCCACAUCCGUGAGGAUGCUACAAAGCACGUUUUGACCGUACACAGCACAGUCCCUAUUCCCUGCCAUGGUUUCCAGCACAACCACCCUUGCAAAGUGUCUCUUGCUCUCAGUGUACAUGAAUCAGACAAUGUAGUCGUGGAGGUUUCAAACGUGGCCUUAUCAUCCUGCUCGGUCGAGCUGAUGUCUCAGCCCUGUCGAAACAACGUCUGUGCUCAGGGUACCGUGACUCUCACCGCUGUUACUGAUUUCACCCGGGACGGGAACCGGGCCAGCUUCCUUUCCACUCAGCCUGCCGAAGGCAGCCCUCGCCUCUGGAGAGGUUACAACCCUCCUGCACUGAAGAUCACAGUUCAAGAUGUUCCAACAGCGACCUGUUACUCCCUUACUGACCCACAUAUCAUUACUUUUGAUGGCAGGCGCUAUGAGAACCAGCAAACGGGCACGUUUUUGCUUUAUAAAAGCACCAAACGUGUGUUCGAAGUCCACACGAGGCAGUGGGAUUGUGGGAGUCGGCAUUACGCUGUGGCGUGUACCUGUGGCAUAGCUGCUCGAGAGGGCAACGAGGUCGUGACCUUUGACAUGUGCGACGGGCAUCUGCAGGAAACACGCCCGCACUUGUCCGUCAAGUCCAUGGGACCAUCCGUGACCAAUCAGAUUAAGAUCCACGAGACACAUCAAGGGAAGAAAGUCACGAUCGUCUUUGCCUCAGGGGCGUUUGUGCGAGCAGACGUCAGUGAUUGGGGAAUGAGUCUGUCCGUCAGAGCUCCAAGUCAGGACUUUAACGCCACCAGAGGCCUGUGUGGGUUAUUUGACCGGAACAGCCACAACGACCUCCAUCAUCCUGCAGGCACAAGCCACCGUCACAUAGACCUAGAGGAAUUCAUUCAAGGCUGGAGGAUCGCGCCUGGAGAGAGCCUGUUUGACAGCACGCCACCUGCCGUGAAUGAGGAGAUAAAGUGGAAUUUCUGUGCUUGUCAAAAGGGAUACAGCCUUUCCAUCCAUUCAAUGCACACCUCCGAAGGCCUAUUAAACCAACCUCCCGUCUCUCGGUGCCUAUCUCACGACGACACAGAUUAUACGUCCUUGUUCCCCUUCAAAGAUGCCACUGCCGAGUACACCAUUAAACCUAUCUCUGCCCGUAACGUCCGGAAGCGGGAGACGUUGGCUGAGGUGUUAGAGUUAGCCAAGAUGAAAGGUGUUAAACUGGAGUCUCAGGUGCCCCAAGGUCAGGCAGACAACUCUCCUUCUUUAGAGGAGUUAGAAUUGGAGUCAUUAUUUAAAGUUGACGGCCCCAACUUGAAUGAAUUUAAGGUGCCCUUACUAAGUUCAGGUGGAAGGCCUAAGAGAGAAACCCUUGACUUUCUGCCCAUUUACACCGCCCAGGCCCUAAGCCAGACCGACCUCGAAAGUUUAGCCUACUUCUUUCCAGAUGACCACCGCUCCUCCAGCCGUCCAGCUGCCUACCCUUCCUGGCCGACACCUAGUGGCCUCACUUCUGCCAAGGCUUUGGAGGUCUGCCAAUUGGCCUUGGUUAACUCAACUGUGGGCACAGCAUGCAAGAGUCUGCUGGGUCGACGCCUGGAAGAAGCUGUGGAUCUCUGCAUCCUGGAUCUUCAGUUGAAAGAUGAUUUGGCCUGGGAGGACGCACUCGUGCCCUUCCUAGAGAACGAAUGUGAGAAAAAGUGGCUGGAGAACCGGACCCAUCGUACCCAAGACGCUUCCAGAUCGUUGGCGGAUAUUGCAAUGGCCCUACGUUGUCCGAACUUCUGUAAUGGGAACGGGCAAUGUGAAGAGUGGGGAUGUCAGUGUUAUCCAGGCUACAGCUUUUACGACUGCAGUCUCACCAUCAGUCAGCCAAUAGAAGUCACCGAUCUUGAGAACGGCGGUUUGUGUGAUGUACGUGAGUUCGACUGUGACAGCGUGAGGGUUUUCGGGCUGGGUUUCAUCGACUCCCCUGGCCUUGCGUGUCUCGUGAUCAGAUUAAAGCACACAAAUGGCGUUUGGAUCCCUAAAGAGGAAGGGACUACCAAAGCGUCCUUCCUGAGCUCCAAAGCGGUGGACUGCUCCGUCCCUCGACUCGGCAACAUGGCCGUCGACACGGUGGACUUCAUGGCCAGCGAGCAGCCCUAUGCCAGAUGGGAGAUUAAGGUGACUAAUGAUGGUCGUCAGUACAGCAAGGGGAAAUUUUUAACCCUUUACGACGGUAUUUGCCAGUUGUGUGUGAAUCCCUCUGGACGUUGCAAGCUGAAGGAGAGGACGUGUAAUAUAGAUGGGAUGUGUUUUGCCAAGGGAGACUCCAGCCCUUCUGUUCCGUGUCUCUUGUGUAACUCCACGGCCUCCAAAUACACCUGGUCCAUUAAUCAAGCUAAUCGUCCACCGACCUUCCACAAGCCACGGGACGGCCUGCAGACCUUUGUAGGGGAGAAUUUUGUGUACCAAUUCACAGCCACGGACCCCGAGGGCUCGGCCCUACUCUUCCAGCUGGAGACGGGGCCCCCUGGGGCCUCAAUUUCCCCGGCCGGGCUCCUCAUCUGGAAAGUGCACGAGUCAGAAGCACACGGUUUUCAUUUUACUGUGUCUGAUGAGUGUGAUGCCCGGAGCAGAUUUAAAGUGGAGGUGAUAGUACGGCCAUGUGGCUGCAUGAAUGGAGGGACGUGUGUGACUAACAUCAAGUAUCCAGCGGGCAGCGGCGAGUACCUGUGCGUAUGCCCGGCGGGUUUCCAUGGCGACCUGUGCCAGGAUGAGCAGAACGAAUGCGGCUCCAGUCCGUGUGGAGUCGGAACCUGUGUAGAUCUGGUCGACGGGUUCGAAUGCCAGUGUCCUACUGGACUCUCAGGUGUCGCAUGUCAGGAUGAUGUGAAUGAGUGUGUGAGAAGGCCAUGUUUUCCUGGAGUCAGAUGCAUGAACGGAUUCGGCUCUUUCAGGUGUGGCCCCUGCCCUCGGGGCCUGGAGGGAGAUGGGAUCUCCUGCAAAGCACCAGCAAGAUUGGUCACAUCUCGUCCCAUCACCUCUCAGGCUGUAUCUUCAUCCGCGGCUCCCACAGUGAGGCCCAUCAGCAAAAUGGACGCCCCCCUUCCUAAAACGACCUCCACUCACCUCUCGACAGAGUCAAACGAAGCUCCAAGCAAGACCUCGGUCACCAAAGCUGCCACCAGUACGAGUCAGAGAACUGGUUUUCCCAACGGACUAAAUAUGACAUUCAAGUGUGCAAGUAGGCCGUGUUUUCCUGGAGUUCAGUGCAUUGACCUCCGGCCACCCUACACUGGCUAUGUCUGCGGACGAUGUCCACCAGGUUAUCACGGCAAUGGACGUACAUGCACGAAACAAUCAAAGCAUAGCCCACCCCGCUACUCACCGCAACUGACCCAAGCCAAGAACAACCUACCCCAUGUCUCCCACAGUGUUCCCCAUCUGCACCUCCCCGUCCUUCCAUUCAGGCAACCUCAGAGACGCCUAGGGGGGACCCCACACCGUCAGGCCACCUCUCACAUCCACUACCCGCCAACCUUCCCACCUGUUACAGGGAAAGGGGCGCUGAUGGCGGGACACACACCUACCUCAACCAACAGCAGGGAUCGACUCCUUUCUCGCUCCCACAAUCAACUGAAAGUUCUUCCAAGUCCAGAGGAGCGAGAUGCUUCAUUUAAAGUCUCGGCACAUGGAUUUGCAGGCGUCAUGCCUGGAAAAGACUCUUUACCUCACACUUCGAGGCAUGUCGAGGCACUGAGGCAGCAAUCCAGUCUGGCCACAAUUACCCGAUCCCAACCUUUGACACCUCCCGACAACCAGCAACCAUUAACAGCAGCCCUAACCUCCCUCUCCUUCUCCUUCUCGGAGACCGAGUUCUCUGCAGAUGGAGGCCUUGGGACUGGAAUACAAGACCCAUACGAGACUCAACCACUGCCCAAGGAGAGCUUCUCCUACCUUGGUGAACAAAGCAACACCCAAUCUCUGGAUAACCAACCAACUCUUCAGAACCGUAAACACCAAAGCAAGAGUGGAAAUGUGGUUCUGUUAGAGGAGAGAAGCUUCACCUGUGCAGAUGUCCCUUGCUUCCCAGGUGUCCACUGUGAGCUUGCAGGUGACGGGCAACCUAGGUGCGGUCGGUGUCCUUUGGGAUACACUGGAGAUGGCCGAAUGUGCAGAGCCGUGUGCAGACAUGCCUGCGGUAGAAACAUGGAGUGUGCGGCCCCCAAUACGUGUCGCUGCAAGAAUGGAUACAGUGGCCCCAACUGCGAAACAGCUAUCUGCAGUCCAGCCUGUCUGAACGGAGGAAAAUGUGUCGCGCCUGAUAUAUGCGAUUGCAUGUCAGGCUACCACGGAGAGACCUGUGAGAGCGCUCUCUGCAGUUCGCCCUGCCUGUACGGAGGCACCUGUGUGGGUCGAGACACCUGCUCAUGUCCCUAUGGUUUCGUGGGGCCCAGAUGUGAAACCAUGGUGUGCAACCGUCACUGUCAAAACGGAGGGAAAUGUGCAUCACCGGAUGAGUGCGAAUGUCUGGCGGGGUGGACGGGACCAUCGUGCGAGACAGCUCUGUGUGAGCCCAUUUGUCUCAACGGUGGAACCUGUGUACGGCCGAACUCCUGCACCUGUCAACCUGGUUUCUACGGGGCUCGUUGUCAAAACGCCGUGUGCAGUCCACCUUGCAAGAACGGCGGUCACUGUGUACGAAACAACGUCUGCUCGUGUGUGGAGGGAUAUUCAGGGAUCCACUGCGAGAAAAGUGUGUGUGAGCCAGUGUGUAUGAACGGAGGGCGAUGCGUCGGACCAGAUGUGUGCGACUGCGCAUCAGGCUGGAGGGGAAAGAGAUGUGAUAAACCUGUUUGUCUGCAGAAGUGUUUAAACGGAGGUGAAUGUGUGGGGCCGAACACCUGUCACUGUGGUCCCGGCUGGAGGGGGAGUCUCUGCCAAAUCCCAAUCUGUGAACAGAGGUGUUUGUAUGGAAGCCGAUGUGUCCGACCAAAUGUGUGCGCUUGUAGAAGUGGCUUCAUGGGAACUCUUUGCUCUAGAAAGCUUCCUGUCCAGAGAGGAUGAGGAAAUGACACGAGGUGUUAUUGCUGCACUGAAGACACUGGGCCCAUAUUUCACUACUUAUUAACCUGACAGGGUUACAAUAUCAUUUUCAAUUUGUAAAUAUCAUAUCUGAAAAUAUUAAUUUAUGUAUAAGGUAUAAUAUAAUGUUUUUUCACGCUUUUCAAACGUUACUAUAUUUGUGGAAAUGAUUCCUGAAAUAAAUGCGUGUAUUUCACUACA